AUGUCUACUCGCGACACAGGUGCUGCGCGAGUACGCUCUCGCCGCUCUAUUGCACAUGUACCCCGAUCUCGGAUGACGUCUGGUCUUGAUAAGGAGAAUGCGACAACAGACAUUGGCGCAGUGCCACCUUUUGAACCCAACACGAAGCCCACUAUGAAAGAUAAGAAGUCACGAAGUAAGAGUUUAGGACCCGGUGGACUGGACGCUUUGCAGAACUCCAAUGGCAAUCGACGCAAGUCCACGGCCUCUUUUCCUCUCAAAUCAAUUCUUAAACCUACCGUCCCCGUAUCGCCAGUGCGAAACAUCCCAUCGUUCGAGGAAACUCGUCGUCGCACUCCGGCUCGUAAUGCGCAAAGCCAGGAGUCGAGCUGGGAAUCUAGCAGUCAGAAUCAGGAGGGCCUUUUGAUCGACUUUGCAACGCCCCCUCGACCCGCCGCUGAAGGAGAUGAUACCGCCAAUCCAUUCGACACUUUCAACGCAACAACUGCGAUCCGCGAGGAGAUGGCGGCCACCAAGGAGCGUGAUGACAAGGAACGUCGGGAGCGCGAACGCCAAGCUAUCCUAGAGAAACGAGCGGCGCGAAGGAAGUCAAUGGCGAAUCGUCGUGUCUCAUUUGCCCCGGAGGCUACACUGCACACCUGGAACGUGGUGGAGAUUCCCGACGACUCGACAUCUUCCUCUGCAGCAAACUCUACUCGACGCGCCUCUACUGUGAACAACUCCGAAGCCAAGGCCCAAGCACCCAGCCCUGCCAAAGAGGCCCCAUCGUCACCUGAAACAGAUGCUGGCUCAGAUUUCGGUUUCUCGCCUAUUCGUCAGCAAGAUCUUGAGCAGAUGCGAGGUCGGUCUGGAUCCUCAGGCGAAGAUGAAGGCCCAACGGAAAUGUCAUCCAGUCCAUUUAACGGAAGCUCGCCAGGCAGCGAGGAUACCGGCGCACAAAGCCUGGGAGAAGUGGAGGAAGAUGAUGGCCAGUCCUCAGAGUCAGAUGAUGGCUUUGAUGCCGAAAGUACUGCUAUGAGUAUGGAUGACAUGACGGCCCGUUCCGGCGUCAGUGUACAGUCGGACGUUUCUUCUAGUUCGAGUUCCAGUGCUAGACUGAAUGACGCAUUGCGACAAGCUGCAAAGGAAGCUGGAACACAGGCCGUUGAUGAAGAGGAUGGAGAAAUGUCGAUGGAGAUUGCAGACCAGGAAAUCACUGGCGCUUUCCAACCCUGGAUCAAGAAGGGCCAAAGGCAAAGCUUCGACUGGUCGGAUAUUAGUGCUCGACAUGACCAAGAAAACAUGGACCCAUCCAAGGUCGCUUCGGAAAACGAUGCCCCCGGGUCAGAUGAGAUGGACGAAGAUGAAGAGAUGAGCAUGGACGUGACGAAUGCGAUCGGACGGAUACUCGGUAAAACAUCUGGUCAUCGGAAGAGUGCCGUGCGUCGGCAGUCCACUGCACAGCAAAGCGAAUACGACGAUCAAACCAUGGAGAUGACAAACGUUGUUGGAGGAGGAAUUGAAAGGGUCGAUUUCGCCCAACCCGAUCACAAUGACAACGACAAUGCCGACGAAGAUGAAGAGAUGACCAUGGAGUUCACUUCGGCCAUUGGAAAAGUCCUCAGCAAAGGACCGUCCUAUGAACAAGGUGCAGAACAAGUUGCUACUGACACACCCAAGUCAGACCGCAUGACCGACGAUCAAGAUAAUAGUUCGGACGAUGGGAUGGAAAUGGAAAUGACCGGUGCAGUUGCUGAGUCCGGGCAAUUGAACAGCUCUCCCUUUCAAGAGAUCACUCAAAAGUCCCCAGCCAAGUCCCCAGCCAAAUCACCUUUGUCAUUUCAGGUGGCGGCGGUGGCCUCGGAGCAUGGAAGCCCUAGCUUGGCGAGUGUCAAAUCUCGGACUCCUCGACGUAGUUCUCUUUUGGGGGUAUCGAAUACACCAGAGUCCAACACCCCGCGCCGUUCGCCACGCAAAUCACCCACGAAGAAACCAUUAACACCUCCUAAGCAGUCUACACCUCAGACGAAGCCGGCCACACCAAGCAAGACACCCCCAUCUGCAAAUGUAUCAUUCCGAAGUGCUUCUCCAAAGAAGCUUUUCCGGCCUGAACUCCAAAAUCAACGCUCCGCGGACAAGAAGAAAUCACCCCGUCUCAGUAUAUUCGAACAGGACACAAAUGGCGGAUCGUCUACUCCUCGAAUUGUAUUGCAACCCCGAGAGGCACGGCGCUCUUCCGGCCUGGGAAUUGACAAAGAAGGGCUUGGGUCUCCCCGCGUAGUUGCUCUACUUGACAAGCGCCUGUCACUCGGUGAAAACACACCACAGUUUGUUCCUCAGCAACAGCCGCGAGGUGGUGUGCGCUUUGAAAACCCGUUGAAGAUGCAGGCGGACGAGGAAAGAGACCGCGAGGAAGAGGAGCUUAGAGAGGAUGGGCAUAUUCAGCCUUCCAACUCCACGAGCAGCGAUAUUGGCUCAAAUCUGAGGAAUAUGAUUUCUAGCAUGAGCCCGAAGAAGGGCAAAAUUGGAAGUCGGAAAAGCCUCCAUGUUGGUGCUGCGCGUGGCAUCCUUGGCAAGCGACCAGCUGAACUUGACUUUGACGAAGACGAAGUCGAGAAUUCUCCCAAACGUCUCCGUGGCCAUGACGUGAGCCCUGUCAAGGCAGUGCGACUUCCGGGCCCAUCACCGGCCAAGAAAGAUCCCACCCGGCGAUCGAUUCUCUCUCCUGUUCGUAGGGCUCGGAGCUCCUCGCCGCUCAAGGGUAGCACCACUCCCACCCAGUCGCCGCAGAGUGCCUCGAAGAAGGGAAUCACUCCUCUGAAGGAAGGUGUGGAUUCUCUUCAUAUUGCUUCGGAUCCUCAACAGCCAGAGCCAGAAGAGGGCCUCCCUGACCACGAGCUCGAGCCUGACGUAGAGCCUAUUCAGCUGCAGGAUUUCCUCAACAUGACCAAUAUUCAUUUCAUGGAACUCACCACCACGAAGAGACGACACACGACUGCGCCUGGAAGUGCUACUAGGAGGUUGAGCAGACGGUCUGGGGAGCACGUUCCCAAGGCAGGAACGUUCACCUUUGAUGACUGCGUGGCUGCUGGACUGUGCACGGUGCCCAUGCUGGAGUUAUAUCAACACUCCUGUCGCGAGUUGAAGUCGUAUAUUUCCGAAGGCCGUCAAGUCAUUCGAUCCAUUGAGGCCGAAACCUAUACCGAGAACCCUCCCCUAUUCCGGGAAUAUAUGACGGCCCCACCAGACAUCCGAGUGAUCAUGGACAACCAGUUCCGGAAUGUGAAGACACACGCGCGAUUGUUGAGUAAGGCGACGUGGUAUGAGUGGCGAAUGAAGUUGCUUGAAGGUCUCAAAGAAGGGCUUAUCCGUCACGUGGAUGACAUGAAAGCCGAUGAUGCUUUAUUGUCUAAACGCGAGGAGAUUCUCAACAAUGUCGUUCCUCCACUGGUAGAGAAGCAAGCAUCUCUCGAACAAGAAGCGGAAAAUCUGAGGCAGCUGGUUGAAGAAAUGGAAAGCUGUGAUCAAGAUGAGCUGCGUGGCACGCGUGAGAAGCUUUCCACUAUUGAUGAUGAAAUCGAGGCCAAGCAACGAGAACUUGAGCAGCUCCAGGCAGAGGUUCAGGAAAAGACUGAGAUCAUCGAUGCAGGGACCGAGAUGAGUAAUGAGUUUUUGGGUGAAAUCCAGGAAGCGGAGCGUAUCAAGGAGGAGUGUCGUGGGUGGAGUGCUCGCGACAUCAAUGAGCUGAAGAACUCUGUUCAACGUAUAGAGCGCCAGACCGGUUGGUCAAUCCUCUCUGCCUCUUCCUUGCAGGAGAAGUCCGCCAAUCCAAUGUUGGCCAUGUCCUACCAGGGCCAGCUCCAGAUCAAGUUUCACCCCGGCGCAUUUGCGACGAAGAUAUCCAGCGACACAGAGAAGACUAACCAGCUUCUCGAACUGAGCUCCGUGAAAGGCAAAACAACCUCACCGAUCGCAUAUUUCGCUCUCAAGUCGAUGCAACAACAUCUCUCUACAAUAAACCAAUCCAAAACCGCCCCGAACGAACUGCUCCGCUUUAUCUCCUCCGCCUGGGAUCGCACCGUGGGCCUAGAGAACGAGGCCCGCAUGCUAGAAUUCUGCGGCGUCACUCGCCUCACCCUUUCGGAACCAAAGAAUUCGUCUCUCUUCAUACGUGCCCGCUGCACCCUCCUCGGCAAUGCAGCUGUCCCCUCCACUCCUAGCCGUAAGGCUUCCGCAACAAAGAAAACCGGCGCCAAGCGAAUCGACGUUGACUUUAACGUCCACACACGCGUCAGAGCUGGGAGCGGCGAGGCCAAAGAAAUUGGCACCUUUGAUUUCCACAUCGAUGCCAUAGCGACGAAAGUCUACGGCUUCGGCAUAGGCAAUAAGUCGGGGUUGUCAGGCGAGGAAAUGGAGGGUAUCCUUGGCAAAGGACUCACCCCAGGGACGGGGCACAGCUUGGCAAUGGUGUUUGGUGCAAGGCUGUGCGUAUGCUUACGGGAUCUGCUUUUUGAGUUUUAUACCUAG